AUGGUCCAUUUUGCUGAUUUGUAUGCAACAACGGCAAAUGUUCGAUUCGAUACGAAACAGGAAGAGGAGAUUGAGUAUCACACGGACAAAAGUAGUUUGAAUGUUUCUCUAUAUUCCCAUCAACCGGAUUCAUCACUUGGAUAUGGAGAUAACACUACUGGAAGUAACUUGUACAGUGUGUUGAAGAAAUUUCUCAACAACAAGAAAGCUUCAUUAUGCGGAGCCCAAGUGUUCAUUGCAGUACAACGGUAUCCAGAUGAGUCUGAUGUAUCCGACAUAAUCAACCAACUACGAUCCCAUCAUGUGAUUGUGAACAUUGCUGUCGACAGUAUCCCAUCGGGUGGUUCCAAUUCUGCAACAUUAUAUGAAAUGUCACAUGAAACCAAUGGAUAUUGUGCUUUUGCCACCGGCAUUGAUCUUCAUAAAGCUUUUGACUGGAUGACUGCAAUACUUGAACAUCCUUACCAAUUCAUUGCUCAAAAUUUUGUGGUUUCUGGAUCAGGUCGAUUCGAAAUACCAGUAUUCAAAACUCCAAUUCCAGUGGGUAUUAAGAAUUAUGCGCGAUUUGCAAUAACUGUUCAAAACCACACACUCGACAAUUCAUUCGUAUCAAUGAAUCAUACAAUUGAGAGUACUGAUGGAUCUUAUGUUGAUACAUUUCCGAGUGAGGAUGCCGUACCUCUUUUUGGAACUGCACAAUCACAUUGGUUUUCUGUGAACGGAUCCCUCUUUUACAAAUGGACAAUCGACUAUCAAUAUAACACGGAUGCCCCACAAAUCAUUGAAUGCAGAAUGAACAGUCCUUACUAUCACGACUUCGUACCACUGCCAGAUUUCAAGUGA